CUCACUUGAGUUCAGAAAUAGCAAAUCGUUGCAGAUUAACUUGAACCUAUUGUGCACUGAACGAGCUCAUGCACUGACUGGUUUUCUAAUAGGUUGGAUGACAUCAAAACAGUAAUGCGCGUGGUCCUGUUAAGAAAUUGUAUAUUAUACAAAGCUAUAACUAAGUUAACUUUAACGUGCUUUUAAACUUUGGUUCCUAAGACUGCUUUUGCUGCAAAAGAAACUCACAGCGCCUCAAGAACACACUCACUAGUUUUUAUCUGGCAUAGAAUGACUGUGUCCAGCCUGAUCGCGCUUGGUGCUCUGUUCCUUGUGCUGCUGUGGUCGCAAACGAGUUCUGGACAAGCAACAAAUCCUUGUUGUUCUUAUCCAUGCCAAAACCGUGGGGUGUGUGUCAGAUUUGGAAUGGAGCAAUAUGAAUGUGAUUGCACUCGCACUGGCUACUAUGGAGUUAAUUGCACUAAUCCUGAAUUCUGGACAAGGAUUCACGAAUUACUGAAACCAAGUCCUGAUACGUUGCACUAUAUUUUGACUAACUUUAAGUGGCUCUGGAACAUCAUUAACCAAACCUUUAUCAGGGACAGACUCAUGCGUCUUGUACUGACAGCAAGAGCUAAUCUGAUUCCUAGCCCCCCAACAUACAACUCGGCUUAUGGAUACAUCAAUUGGGAAUCCUAUUCCAAUGUGACCUACUACACCCGACUCCUGCCACCUGUGCCAGAGGAUUGCCCCACACCUAUGGGAACUAAAGGGAAAGUGAAACUUCCAGAUUCAAAGUAUAUCGUGGAGAAGUUUCUGCUGAGAAAGAAGUUCAUUCCAGACCCACAAGGAACCAACUUAAUGUUUGCUUUCUUCGCCCAACACUUCACCCAUCAGUUCUUCAAGACUCACAACCGCAUGGGGCUCGGCUUCACAAAGGCUCUGGGCCAUGGGGUGGAUGCAGGACAUAUAUAUGGAGACAACUUGGAUCGUCAGCUUAAUCUUAGACUCCUUAAAGAUGGAAAGAUGAAAUAUCAGCUUGUGAACGGGGAUAUGUAUCCACCCACAGUGGCGGAAGCACUGGUCAACAUGAGUUACCCCCCCAAUGUUCCCUUGAAGAACCAGUUGGCCAUUGGUCAGGAAGUUUAUGGGCUGCUUCCAGGGCUGAUCAUGUACGCCACUAUUUGGCUUCGAGAGCACAACAGGGUGUGUGACAUCCUGAAAGCAGAGCACCCCACCUGGAGUGAUGAGCAGCUCUUCCAGACCACACGCCUUAUCAUCAUAGGAGAGACCAUCAAGAUUGUGAUUGAAGAUUAUGUGCAGCACUUGAGUGGGUACUACUUGCAGUUGAAGUUUGCUCCUGAGCUCUUGUUUGAUGUGCAGUUUCAGUACAGGAACCGCAUCGCUGUGGAAUUCAACCAGCUUUACCACUGGCAUCCUCUAAUGCCAGACUCCUUCAUCAUUGACAAGGACGAGUACAGUUACAAAGACUUCCUCUUCAACACCUCCAUGAUCACCAAUUACGGGGUGGAAACUCUCGCUGAAGCCUUUUCUAAGCAGAUUGCUGGGAGGAUUGGUGGUGGGCACAAUAUCAACCCGCAUGUUCUGAAAGUCGCUGCAGGGGUCAUCGAGGAGUCACGCAAACUGAGACUACAGCCCUUUAAUGAAUACCGGAAGAGAUUCCAUCUGAAGCCUUACAAAACAUUCCUGGAAUUUGUGGGAGGUGAUGAGGAGUUGGCAAAGGAAUUGGAGGAGCUUUACGGAGAUAUUGAUGCCCUUGAAUUCUACCCUGGCUUGAUGCUGGAGAGUCCCCGCCCUGGAGCUAUCUUUGGGGAAAGCAUGGUUGAGAUGGGAGCUCCCUUUUCUCUGAAAGGUCUGCUGGGAAACCCCAUUUGCUCUCCAGAGUACUGGAAGCCGAGCACAUUUGGUGGAAAAACCGGAUUUGAUAUUGUCAAUACAGCUUCUCUUAAGAACCUAGUGUGCCUGAACACAAAGAGGUGUCCAUAUGUAAACUUUCAUGUCCCUAUCGUGAAUUCAGAAGACGAUGGAAUUAUAAAAAAACCAUCCACAGAACUCUAACAUUGAAAAUUAGGAGGUUUUCAAUAUUUAAGUCGUGGUUUACAGUAAAGAACUAAAAAUGAUUUUACAUUCCAACAAUUUAAAUUAAAAGGAGGUCAAUGUAUGUCCAAUUCUACAAUACUAUAACUGUACAGUACAAGCAGCUGGAAAUUUCUCUUUUUGACAGUGCAAAGAUGAGACCAUUGUGUAUUCCAGUGCCCAGUUAGCCACCACUGUUUCCCAAAUCCAGAACAGAACCUAACAAUAGGAAUGAUCUACCCACCUCUAAUAGUGAAGUGCACUUGACUUUUUCAAAUUGAUGAUGCAAUAAAUCUAAGAUAAAGAAGCCACCACUGAACCUUGCUCAGCACAUGAUACAGGUGAAGCACAGAGUCAAGUCACUGCCAGUUUGACUCCUUCCACUAAUAAGGCAAAAUCCGGACCACAACUUCCAAAGAGGAUGGUUAAGUGACGAUACAACACAUGGCUUAUAGGCUUUGUGUGUCUAAUAUUAGCCUUCCUAAGUGAAAGAAACCAAGCUUUUUAAGAGAGGAAUGCUGCUAUCGGUAGCUCCACUGCAUUCCAGCGAUGCAUUGCAACAAACACAAAGGUAGCUUAAUUAGAGAAAACCUGGAAAAAGAUUAGUAAACCAGACAGCUGCUAAAGACCCUGCCUCAUAAUGAGUUUAAACAAGCACAGUGAGAGAGGGAUUAGUGUUGUUUCAGCUGGAGAAUUUUAACAGUAAAUUUGAACUUGUGGGUAUCUAUUGCCACUUCGUGUUACUCAUGUGCCUAAUAAAAAAGAGUGAGAGAUUGGCUUUCUUUUUUUUGUUACAGCUAAUGUAGGUGAUGGCAAUGCUUGUAACAGAAUGUAUAUAUUUUUAAAAAGCCUUUGGCAAAGUCCCACAUGAAUGACUUAUACGUAAACUAAAAUCAGCAGCAAUACAGGGGAGGACAUGUAAUUGUUUACAGAACUGGAUACAAAGGGAGUAAUUGUGAGAGGUGUAAAUGGGGGGGGGGGGGGGUGGUAUUUAGUGGGGUACCACAAGGGUCUGUACUUGGACUCUUACUGUUCCUCAUUUAUAUAAAUGACUUGGACCAGAUUGUAAAACUUGCAGGUGAGACCAAGCUUGGGGGAGCAGUGGAAGCCCAGCUAAUUCAAAGGGAUUUGGACCUGCUCUGUAACUGGGCAAACGUGUGGCAAAUUAAUCUGAAUGUUAAGAAAUGUAAAGUAUUGCAUAAUUGGUGUAAUAAUCUAUGUUAUACUUAUGUAUGUUAUACUUCUAUAUGAACGGGGUGGAAAUAUGGGAUGAAAAGGGUCCUGGGGUUAUAGUGGAGUCAUCAUUUAAAAGUAUCUCGCCAAUCUGGGGAGGCAAUCUAAAAGGCAAAAAGUAAGUUUAGAACAGAAGGCAGGAAUCACUUUAUUACACAGAAAGUUCUAAACGCAUGGAGUAGCCUACCAUGUGAAGUAGUAGGAUCUAAAACACUGGAAAAAAAAGACUAGAUUCUGUGCUUUUAAAUUAGUUCCCCAACCCCCCCCCCCCCCCCCCCCCCCCGGUAGUGGAAAAGGGUGUGCUAACAAGGGAUGAAUGGCCUUUUCUUGUUCCAGACUUUUCGGAUGUUCUUAGGUUCUUACACUAUUGCAAGGGAAUGUAGUAACCUGUACUUUUUUUUUUUUUU